AUCAUAUACUUUGAAUUUCUUGACACCGACAUCAUGCCGGUCACAAGCAAGCGGCCACGGAUUUCACUUUGGACGUCUGAAAUUGUAGCAGAAUAUGAAAGGCGGGACUGCACAAGCAGCGAUAAAUUGCUUUACGGCAGGCUCCCGACAAAGCGUGUCUCGGAAACACCCUUCGGUCAAAUCAACAGACAGCCAAAAGUCACACUAGGUGCCUCGUAUGAUGAACUCCUGCAGUUCACCCUCUCAAUUGUUCCAGAGGAAAACCACCAGAUGGUUUUAGACGAGCUUCCAAAGAUUAUGCAUAGCAUGCAGAGCGAGCUUUUUGAUUCAAUGCAAAAUGUACUCGCCAAGAACUUUAUGAACCUGCUGAAACUGAUGUCGUCAAUGCAUUCUUCAUUGCCUAGCAAAAAACAGAAUAGCACAGACAAAGAUUCAAGUUGCGUGCCCAUUUCAGAGGCUCCGACGGUUCCUUGUGGUAGCCACUCCAGCUUGCAAAUGACAAGUACCACACUGGCUGAAAGAAAACAGGAUAAGCCUGAAGCAAAAACAGGGGCAGAAUGUGGCUCAGGGCAGGAAACAGAGCACGUUUUUACAGCUGAAGAAACAAAGCCAUUGUCUGAAGUACAAAGGAAGAACAACAAAGCCCCCGUACCCGCGCUCUUGAGUUUUGAGGAUACAAGUGAUGAAGUUUUGGCGGAAUGGGACAAACAAGCAUGUGCCAAUGCCAGGGUACCCAACGUUGAAAGCCUACUUCGAAUAAUUGACACAAUACCAAUUUCGACCGACCCAGACCUGCCGCGCUGCACGGAAGCAUUGGAGGGGAUGUACCCACAGAAGGUGCAGGUUGGAGAUACCGAGGCUAAACCUACCCACACUUUUAGCUUGCUUUCUUAUGUUCUUGACGAGAAAGCAUUUUGGCACCGACCGCUGAGUCCACGAGAGCCAGAUUUAUUAACCUGCAGGGAGCUCAAUCUGUUCGAAGAAUGGAAGGUCUCUACCAAGGUUGAUGGUAGUGAAGGUCCAACCAGCAGUGACCCUAUCAGGAUGACAGAGGACAUCACUAAUAGAAACAAAAGGACGACAUGCAUGUCCUUAAACGAGACGGCUGACAACUGCGUUGCUUUGAAAAAAAGGGCAAGGAUGUUUCAGAACACAGAUGAGCUGUCGAGCAACAUUCAUCAUGAGAUGCCACACACUUUAGGAACUGUAAGCGCAUCAUCACACGAGAAAGAUCAGUCAUCAAGCGACGCUAAUCUUGGUCAGAUCCAACAAACACCGGUCCAUGGCACCUCUUCAGCUACCAACAAAGACUUCCCAUGGGACGACCCUGAUAUGGUAGCGCAGUUGAUCGAGUCUACCGAUAGGAUUGAGGAAGAGUGGUUUUCACAACAAAGACAAACUCAGUAUACCACAUCAGUUACACAAGACAUCCACAUAUCAGAGAUCAAGCCCAAUGAGAUUUGUUGCAAUUUCACCUCAAAUCUAGUCGAAAGUGCUGUUUUCAGCGACAUUGUGUCACGAAUACCACCCCAUUCAAGGCAAAAGAGCCCAAGAAUAGUACAAAUGGGCUCGACAUGGGUUGAACAUAGGGUUUUUGGCCUGAGCAUGCAAGUGUAUGGCCGGGUCAAUAAGUACGUGAUCAAUAUGUUGGGAAAAGCAGUAAUGGCCGAGCAAACCGAAAAGGAUAGGCUCAAUCUUCUCCCGCGAAGUUACUGGUCAAGAUACUAUGUCAAAUGCGACACUGCUAAAUUAUUCCAAAAUGCAUUUGAAACUCCAUUGGCGUUAUCUGUUCACCUGAGGGAGACAAUGAUAGGAUUCCAUCUUGACCAAAUUCACAUGGUGUUUUUACCUUUAAGCUCAUACAGUUUCUGGUACACGGUUGUUGCUAACUUUAGGAAGAAAUUGUUCGAAGUCCUCUGCCCAAACAACAGAAUCGACUUGAUUGCUGACGAAGCUCAGCUUGUAAUCAAGAAUUUCAAAGCGGCUUUCAAGCUGGCAUACAAGAGAUCACAACUAAAUGUGACUGACAUGGGUGU